GCUUUUUAUUUUCUGUUUAUAACUUACUUCAAUUUCUCUUGGUUUACAGUCACUAAGAAAAAUGAACCACCCAAAUAUUGUGAAGCUAAAGGAAGUUAUUCGAGAAAGUGACAUUCUGUACUUUGUUUUUGAGUACAUGGAAUGCAACCUGUACCAACUUAUGAAAGACAGGGAGAAGAUGUUUUCUGAAGGUGAAGUUAGGAAUUGGUGUUUUCAAGUUUUCCAAGGUCUUGCUUAUAUGCACCAGCGUGGAUACUUCCACCGUGAUCUGAAGCCUGAGAACUUGCUGGUUACCAAGGAUAUCAUAAAAAUUGCUGAUUUUGGCCUAGCACGUGAGAUCAGUUCACAACCACCCUACACUGAGUAUGUCUCCACACGGUGGUAUCGUGCUCCUGAAGUGCUACUUCAAUCUUAUCUGUAUAGCUCCAAAGUUGACAUGUGGGCAAUGGGUGCUAUAAUGGCUGAACUGUUCUCUCUUCGUCCUCUUUUCCCUGGUGCCAGUGAAGCGGAUGAGAUCUACAAAAUAUGCAGUGUGAUAGGCAGCCCAACCAUUGAAUCAUGGGCUGAUGGGCUGAAACUUGCAAGGGAUAUAAACUAUCAGUUCCCACAGCUUGCUGGUGUACAUCUUUCGGCACUGAUACCAUCUGCGAGUGAUGAUGCAGUCAGCCUUAUCAGGUCACUUUGCUCAUGGGAUCCCUGCAAGAGGCCUACAGCUGCAGAGGCCCUUCAACAUCCCUUUUUCCAGACUUGUUUUUAUGUUCCUCCAUCCCUUCGUACUAGAGCAGUGUCAAGAACUCCUCCAUCUGCUGGAACAAGGGGAGCCCUUGAUCAGCAAGGGGUUAGGAGAUAUUCUGGCAUGUUGCCUAAUUCAAAGCUCACCAAUAACUUCUCUUCUCCGAAAUUACAUCCUCCUUUAGCUUCAGGUGUGCAACGUAAGCUGGAUAUGGUGAAUCAGAAUGGAAGUAAGAAUGAGAAGUCCAUGAAUACUGUUAAACAAUCAAAAUAUCGACAGCCUGGAAAGGAUAGCCCAAUUCAUGUUGGUGUUGGCAGCUUCUAUGAACAAGGGUAGGAAUGCGAAGGCAAUUUCUGAAACAGCGGAUAGGUUGACCAAUAUGAAUGUUGGUAGUGGUACUCGAAGACAUUCUAUAGGACAACCCCGCCCUCCUCCAAUGAAGGCUGGAGUUAAUUGGAUUUCUGAAUCUGGAAACUUCAUGCUGAGAGCUGCACAGCCGAUCCCCACCGGAAGAACUUUCAGUCGAAAGGUUGCUGGAUGAGGAUUGCGUUACCGUUACUGUUACCGUGGGAGAAUUCUAUGAUAGUCAAUACUGUGACUGUUUCUAGUAUCACAUUUGUGGGUUUUUCGACUUAUCUGUUGACUCGAGUCUAAUCUACAAAACUAGUCUUGCUUGUGUCUGUUUUUAAUAAUGGUUUGAUAUUUCUGAGUUGUUGGGACA